CACUUGGCGGUCACCCAGGAUAUGCGCCGGUGCUCACCCACUCAUUCUCGGAUACCAGCGACGUGUCAGUUCAUCGACAGUCUAUCCCGGAAGGCUGCACCACACGAGCUCGAUGGCAAACAUGAACAUCCAAUCACCAGGCAUCCAGUUAGCCGAUGUGACCAUGAAGACCGAGUCAGGGGUGAUCACACGCAGCGUCAAGAGCAUUUCAUUGCGGCUUUUGGUGAACCGUUUGGCAUCCCCUGAAGGGAACGUUGACUCGGACCUCAUGACCGACUUUUUAAACUCGUACCGGUUCUUUGCGCACCCAAUCGAUGUUAUGCGGCUGAUUAUUGUCCGGUACUUGAACUGCUUUGUCGUGGGGCCAGACUCUGACGAGAGCGAGAGCUCGGACUCCGAGGAGGGCGAUUGCAGCACGCAUGAAGGCGAUGAUAAGUACUUGAUUAUUAAUGGCUGGCGCAAGACCAAUGUCAGCGACAACGGGACGCCGACCAGCAAGGGCACACCCAACCUUGCAAAGAAAACCUUCACACAACGGUGCCGGGCUGGCGCGGAACGAUGGAGCCAUCAUUCAACUGCGCGUGAUGAACAUUAUCAAGUACUGGAUUAAAUUCCAUCCGCACGACUUCCGCCUUCACCACCGCCUCACCCGGUUGCUG